AUGGGCGAACGUCGGUUUGAUAUUGUUCUAUAUGGUGCCAGUGGCUUCACUGGGGCUUAUGUUCUCGAAGAAUUUGUGAAAUCUGAUGAGUUUGGAAAAAUUAAAUUUGCCGUCGCCGGAAGGAAUGAGCAGAAAUUGAACAAGGUGAUUAAAAGAGCAGCAGAAUUAACUGGUAAGCCCGGAUUACUCUGGUAUGAUGUAAACGCUAUAUUGUAACUACUUUUUAUAUUAGUACUCAAUUGCUAAUACGGCUCUUGUGCCAAGGCUUGCCUCAAUUUGCAUGCAUUAAUUGCACAUGGCUUAUAUUUUAGGAAAGGAUUUAAACUCCCUGGAGAUUAUCAUCGCCGAUUCAUCGAGUCCAGAAACCCUGGAUUUAAUGGCCAAACAGACCAAGGUGAUUAUCAAUGUAGUGGGACCUUAUAGACUGCAUGGAGAGGCUGUUGUCAAAGCGGCAGUUGAGAAUGGAACUUCCCAUGUUGAUAUCAGUGGAGAACCGGCUUUCCUGGAGAAAAUGCAAUUAACAUAUCACGAAAAGGCCAAGGCGAAUGGGGCUUAUGUAAUCGGAGCUUGUGGAUGGGACUCAAUUCCUUGUGAUUUGGGGGUUUCUUUUUUGAAAAAUAAUUUUGGUGGAACCUUGGCAUAUGCGGAAACCUUCGCUCAAAUUAAACGAGGAGAAGCGGUAAGGCUCUCGUGAGCCACAAUAGGGUUUUUGUUUGUUUUCAGGGGUACAUCUUCAACGAUGGCACUUAUCAAACUUUAAUUUUGGGAUUGGAAAAUGCAAAAAAUGAUAAUCUCGGGGGAAUCAGGAGACAGUUAAUGCCCCAGAAGCUGGAACGUCCAAAGUACCGACCACCCAAGCGGUAAGUCCUCUAAGCCAUAAGAGAAAAUUAACGGGGUUUGAGCGCGUGAAUGUUGAAGAUUUAUUCAGAAAUCUUCUUUUAAGCUAACUAUGCGAAACUGCGGUUUGAAUAAUGUAUUUUAGACCAACAGUGUGGACGGUUCCGGAAAUUGAUUCUGCCGCGGUUCCCUUUCUUGGAGCAGACAAGUCGGUAGUUCAGAGAUCUCAAUACUAUGACGCCACAGUCAAUGGCCGUCAUCCAGUCCCAAUAGAGACAUAUUAUGCUGCCUCCAACACCUUCUGGGCAUACCUGGGAAUCCUUUGGAUGACUCUCUUCAGUUAUGUCGUUAAAUUUGAAUUUACUCGCAAACUGGCUCAGAAAUAUCCUUACAUCUUCAGUUGUGGACUCUUUAGCCCUCAGGGUCCAACCAGAGAACAAUGCAAACAAGUAGGUCAGACUUUCAAAUUAUUCACUGAUUACAAAUUUUGAGUUGUUUCAGGAACAACGUUGGUUUUUUAAGGGGCACAAAAAUAUGAGGACACGUUUUAGGCCAUAUUUAUCUAAAAACAAAAUGCAGGCUCCUACCCUAAAGCCGACAAAUUUUUUGGAUUUACUUUUUUUAAGUAUUCCCGGCUGCAGAGUCUAUUUAUCUAUUCUGUGCGGGAUAAUCACCUUCUAAUGUUCUUAUUCUUUGUAAACGGUCUGUUUUAGGCGACGUUUACCUACUGGUUUAUCGGAAAUGGAUGGUCAUCAACAACACCACUUGAUGAGAAACCUUCCAAAAAAGUUUUGGCCAGAUGUGACGGGCCGGAUUCUGGAUAUAUCGGGACCGCCGGUUGCAUUCUUUCGGCCGCGUUUACUGUUCUCAAGGACAAAGAGGCCUUACCUGACAAGUAAAUCAUUAAAUUUUUUUUGAAGUUUGUUAAAUACUUGAAUUAAUAUCAUAUUGUUUUAGCGGCGGAUGUUACACAACGACCUCUGCAUUUGCCAAGACGUCAAUCUACGAUCGAUUGGCUUCAUUCGGCCUCACAUUCAGAAUCGAUGAGCAAGUUAAGCAUUAG